CCUGCAAAACCAUUUAAGGGGCUGUCAAGGAAAGGAAGCUGCAAUUUUCCAUCUCUCACGCAAAAAAAAAUCAGAGAACUUGAAGAUGGCUGGUAACAAAUCUUCAGGCGGCAUAGCACCUCAGUCGUGGUUCUUGUAUCCAGGAAAGUGGACACGGGCGAUGGACGCCAGACUCAUGCGCUACAUCAUUCGAAAUGCCUUUGCGUGCAAGUAUGAGCCACCACACAAAAGUCGCCAUGCCCUUGAAGCUGCAAGGGAUGAGGUCAAUCGCUACUAUGAAGUUGAUUUUGACUUGGAAGCAAUCAUAGAGCGUGUUUCAUUUCUAGAGGAACGAUACAUCACAUAUAGAUCCUUGAUUUACCAUCCGGAAAUGAAAUAUGAUCUUGAGGAAAAUCGCGUCCAUGCUAGUGAUGACGUGUGGAGGAGAUUGUUCAAGGAGAAAAUAUUCAACCAAGCCUAUUUCUACGCUGGAGAUCCUGAGUACUACAAGCUAAGCAUUCUCUUUGGUGGUAAUGGGAAACACUGGAUCGGACGCCCACCAGUGAUGGCAAGCUACGGAUCACCAUCUGAUUCACCAAUGGAGGAAUCUGGUCCUUUCUUGUCUUCAUCUGACUCAGAGGAAGAGGUUACAUCAAAAGAUCCCAACGCUCACCAAACUACCACAAAAGAUGCCGGGAAAUCGCAGGUGUCUGCCGCUGCUCCGAUUGAAGCUCAUGGCCGUGUGGUAACUAGAGGAGAAUGUGGGAGCUCCGUUGGUUCAUAUGCCCCUCACUGAAGGCGUAUAAUGGAUCUGUUUAUGUGUUAGUAGGCUUUUGAUAUGUCUGUAACUAUGAACUAUGCUAUGAUGCCCUCAUAUGUUUUUAAUUUCCAUUCUAUGUUUUUAAUUUCCAUUCUAUGUUUUAAAUGACUCCUACAAGCUCCCUGUUGUAUGCAGCCAUGCAGGGGAGAAUUUUACAUAUUGUAAUACAGUAUAAUUGAGUCAUUACUUUUUGAGAAUGUAAUAUAAGUUAAUGAGAUUAUGCUUC